UAAUGGCGAGGCGGAGUUUAAGCUGCCGCGGAAGUGAUUGUCUUGUAACCGGAAGCGCCAUAGGAGCCGCUGAGAGACAUUCGGAGAGUCCGGUUGGUUGUAAUCAUGGCAGAGGAGGAGAUUAAAGACCCGGGCACAGUGACGUUUAACGAUGUGGCAGUUUAUUUCUCCUUCCACCAAUGGGAGCUGCUGGCAGAUUGGCAGAAACUUCUGUACAAGAAUGUCAUGAAGGAGAUUCAUGGGGCGCUCACAGCUCUUGGUUAUGAAAUCGCCAACCCCGGGAUCCUGGUGAAGGUGCAGCAGUCGGAGGAGCCCAGUUACAGCACAAACAGUGAGGAUGAGGAUGACAGUAAAGCCAAAGGGCCCUCACAGAUCCGGCCAGACAUCCUGCUGCGGGUGAAGAUGGAAGAGGCAUUGAGUGACCAAAGCUGCCAGACUAGUGUUCCAAAGGAGGAGGAGGAGGAGCUGAGAGAGGAGGAGGAGGAGGAGGAGGAGUUUAGCACAGACUCCAGUGCAGCAGUCUUCAACCCGGAGCUGUCUCUUUGGAUCAAGCAGGAGGAGGAGCCUGGGGACCAGAGCUCAUCUAUGGACGAUGUGAUCGACGUGACCCCAACCCGAGCACCAAUGGCGUCGCACAGCCCUGGAGGGACCAAUGGCGGCAGCCCAGCGACCCAGGAAAGCGAGACGAGGCUGGCGAUCCACAAGCGCAAUGGGCUGAAGCUGCGGGACAAGAUCUUGGUGCUUUGCGGCUACCAAAACAACGAGUCGGUGGGGUCUCUGGCCGCGCAGUUUGGGGUCAGCAAGUCGCAGGUUGUGCAGAUUGUCAAGCGCCGGGAGGAGCUCAUUACCGCUCUACACAACAACGUGAGUGGGGACCGCGUGCGGAGGCAGAGGAGAACCACCAAUGACAAGCUGAACUCGGCCGUGUGGGAGUGGCUGCUCUCUACCCGCGGGGGCGUGGCGCUAUCCGGCCGCAUCAUCCGAGAGAAAGCGCUGGAGAUCGCCAAUCAGCUGGGCGUCCGGGGCUUCAAGGCGUCCAAUGGCUGGCUGGACAGCUUCAAGAAAGCGCACAAUAUCCAGCGCUGCUCCGCCCCUUUCACUGGGGCCGGACUCACCCCUGAUAGGCUUGAUGAUUGGCUGGCCCAGAUGAGCGCUGUGGACUCUGAACUGCCCUCCUGUGGGGGCAACGUAUUCCCGGGCCUCGCUAUUGGCCAAUGAGACCUGCUGUUUAUUUUUCUAUUUCCAUGUAAUUCAGCUGCUUUUUCUAUUCACGUGAUCUCCUUCUGCCCCUGGAUGUGCCUUAAUGACUGCCCCACCCACCUCCUUAUUUCUGGGGGUCAGGAGCACCCCCACAUUCAGCAAUGUGACUGCCCCGGU